AUGCGCUACACAACCAUCCCCAUUCUUCUCAACCUUCUCCUCUCAUCCCCAUCUCUCGCCGCACCCAACGAACCCUGCUAUGGCCCCAACGGCAUCGCAGGCGUCUGUGUCACCGACGCAGCCUGUAGUUCCGCCGGCGGCACUUCUAUCUCUGGCGCAUGUCCUGCCGACGCAGCUAACAUCAAAUGUUGUUCCAAGCCCAAGUGUUCCUCUGGAAACUGCCGCUGGGCGUCUGACUGUGCCGGCAAUUCAGCAUCUAAUCAGUGUCCCGGUCCAUCGCAGAUGAAGUGCUGCUCCUCAUCCGCCACUGGCUUUGGAGGAUACUCUGCGCCCAAGAUCCCUGCUGUUGGAGCCUGUAAGGCGGUUUCUGUCAACGCGGCUAAGAAGGUCGUUGCUGCGUUCCCUGGAAGAAUUAGGGAGAUUGGAUGUAAGAGAGACUGCUCUUGUCCUGGAAGCUCUGAUCAUUGCUGUGGUCUGGCAACUGACUUUAUGUGUUCUGAUGCUGGCGGCUCUGCUACACUUUCCGGAAAGCAGAUUGCCGAGUGGUGUAUGAAGAACCGCAGUGCUCUCAAUCUCAAGUAUGUCAUUUGGGGUCAAAAGAUCUGGACUACGUCUGUCGACAAGACGGAGAAGAAGUGGGAGAACUGGCGAACCAUGGAGAAGCGAGACGGCUUGACCCAAAACCACUGGGAUCACGUCCAUGUCUCAUACAAUGGAUAG